CUCACAGAUCUCCUGCUGCUUAGAUCUUUGGGGGGGGGGGAUUAGCUCUGCUCCGACACAUGGUGAUGUCAGAUCUCCUGCUGCUCAGAUCCAGGGGAAGCUCUGCAGAGACACAGAGCCCUGAUAGAUCUGCUUCUUAACAUCUCUGCCCAGGAAUACAGCAGCAGCAGCAGAUCCCCAGCUUCAAACAUCUGCUGCACACCAGACUGCAACCCCUUCCUUACUAUCACCCCUUCUCCUCUCCCCAGUGCCAGCACAUUCCCCAUCUAACAGGUUUAUCCUCCCACCUGUCUAUGCCAUCCCUCCUUUUUUCCUUUCUCGUCUCCUACCAUUCCAUCUAUUCCUCUCUCAUCCCACCUGCUUCCACUGCCUUUUACAAAUCCUCUCUCCUUGCAUUUUCUAGCCACUGCUCUAUGUGAAUCCUCUCUACCCCCAUUGUACUCAUCAGCCCCCUCUCUUAAGACAGCCACCCUCUAUCUUUCCACCUCUGACCACCUUCAGUCUUCUUCUGGGGCUCUCAAGAGGGAUCAAGAACCUGGAGGAUUUCAGCCACAUCCCUUUAUUAAUACUUUUAUUCAUUUUUAAUGCAAUAACAUCAUCCAGUCACACCAUGUCUUUCCUUCCAGAGAGGACUCUGUACAUAGUGUGGACAUAAGAAUGGCGGCACCUGACUUACUGGAUCCCAAAUCAGCCACUCAUAACUCCAAGCCAAGAUUAUCAUUCUCUGCUACACCCGCUGUGCUAUCCACCCGGGACGACAGGAGCAUAACAGUGAAUGUAAUGAAAUGGAAAACGGUAUCGACGAUUUUUUUAGUGGUUGUCCUCUAUUUAAUCAUUGGAGCCACUGUCUUCAAAGCCCUGGAACAGCCGUAUGAGAGUUCCCAGAGGACUACUAUCUUAAUACAAAAAAAUAAUUUUGUUUCAGAACACUCAUGCGUGAACGCAACAGAACUGGAUGAACUCAUUAAGCACGUCAUGGCGGCGAUUAAUGCAGGGAUCAUUCCUAUAGGAAACACCUCAAGUCAAUACAGCCAUUGGGACAUGGGCAGCUCUUUCUUCUUUGCUGGGACUGUUAUUACUACCAUAGGAUUUGGAAAUAUUUCACCGCGGACAAAGGGUGGAAAAAUAUUUUGCAUUAUUUAUGCCUUGCUGGGAAUCCCAUUAUUUGGAUUCUUAUUGGCUGGAGUGGGAGAUCAGUUAGGGACAAUAUUCGGUAAAGGAAUCGCUCGCGUAGAAGAUAUUUUUGUCAAGUGGAACGUCAGUCAAACAAAAAUACGCAUCAUUUCAACUGUGAUAUUCAUUUUAUUUGGAUGCAUCCUGUUCGUUGGGAUUCCUGCUUUUAUUUUCCAGCACAUAGAAGACUGGCAUACGUUGGAUGCCUUUUACUUUGUAGUCAUCACCUUAACAACAAUUGGAUUUGGAGACUACGUUGCAGGUGGUUCAGAUAUUGAAUAUCAUGGUUUCUACAAACCUAUAGUGUGGUUUUGGAUCUUGAUCGGCCUUGCCUAUUUUGCGGCUGUCCUCAGCAUGAUUGGUGAUUGGCUUAGAGUAUUAUCCAAAAAAACAAAGGAAGAGGUUGGCGAGUUCCGAGCCCACGCAGCGGAGUGGACGGCAAACGUGACGGCAGAAUUCAAAGAAACCAGGAGGCGUUUGAGCGUGGAGAUUUACGACAAGUUUCAGAGGGCUACCUCGAUUAAGAGGAAGCUUUCUGCGGAACUAGCGAUGAGUCCAAGCCAAGAUAUGACUCCUUGCAAGAGAACCUUGUCUGUCAAUCAUCUGACGAAUGAUAAGGAGUGCUCAAUGACUAGAUGCGAAAGUAUUUAUCUCAAUGGCUUGACUCCGCACUGUGUCACCGAAGAAAUUGCUGUCAUCGAAAACUUUAAGUAGCUCGGUGUUCUGAUUCCACUGUCGCUGAAAUGCUUGCCAUCAUUAAAUCUACCAGCAUUUUUAAAGUAUGCAUGAGGUUGAGAAGAACUUAGAGGGACCGGGGUUCGGUACUGUUAAAAUUAUAAAAAAUACACGAAUGCAGAGAUUUUGCUAAAAAAAAAAAAAAUGACUACUUCAAAACUGUGCAUUUUUUUUUCCUCGAAUGUGCCAUACAACUCACAGAAUUCUGGAUAAAAUGACUGAUUAUUUGUGAUAACACUGAUGUAUAGAAAAUGCUUGGUAUCAAACCUUAAGGAAUGAACUGUAUAUGAAAUUACAUUUUUGUAACCGAGAAAUUGAUGAGAUGCAGCCUUUAACCUAAGAAACAUUUCAGUGCCUUAUACUUUCAAGACACAAAACCUCCAUAUUGUUGUUUUUUUUAAUUAUUAUUUUUAAGCCUAAGGAAUGUAUUUUAAGGAAUAUUUCUUGUUGCCUGAAGAUCAUCUGUGAAGGCAGCCUUGAGCAGUGUAUUUGUCAGGAAUGAACACCAGAAGUCCUGGUUCACCGAUCCUCCACCUCUAAGCCCUAGGUUUAAGGAGCUGCAGAUACAUCGUAGGAUACAUGAAGACCAGAACACUUAACUUAUGGAUCUAAAUGUUAUCGUUUUUGAAGUUGCUGGUAAUGUAAGCAAGGUCCUGGCACUUUAAGGCUAGUGGGUGAUAAAUGACCAUACCAGAGAACUUCCCAGGGUAGACUGCAGGGAGCUCUUCGUCUUCUAGUGGAGUGACAUUUUAAAGUAGCAGGGACGGCCACAUAUGUAAAGUACACGUGUCCAGCUGCUGGAUGCACAUGGCCACAUGCUUCACUAUUAAACCUUUGCGGUGUGCGGCCACGUGUAUCCAGCAUGCCAACAAACACCAAACCAUUGGAUCUGUCGCAAAAGCGGCAAAAGGUGCUAUCAGCAUUGGCCGGUGUGCCCGAUGGCCAGUCCAGGUGUGGAGAGUAUACAUUGUUCAGCAGGUU